AUGAAGAAGACCAUCGUUCUGUACCCCGGCCUCUCCGUCAGCCACUUGGUCCCCAAGAUGCAGCUCGCCGAAGCUCUGCUGGAGGAGGGCUACGCCGUCACGGUCGUCCUCGUCGACCCCAGCCUAAAACAGGACAUCGCACUGGCUGCCGUCGUCGACCACGAUCGGUCACCUUCCACGAGCUCCCACGGAUCCAGGACCCUCCCACCGUUGUCCACGACGAAAAGUUCCUCGUCAGGGUCAGCCAACCAUGAAGGAGCUCGGAGACACCCCUCCGGCCUCUCACAUCAACAGCGCCGGCCUCGACGACCCGGAGCCAGAGAAGGUUCUGCAGCACGGGAUACCGACGGCCGAGGCCUCGUCGUUAAGCUGUGGGCGCCGCAGGUGCAGGUGCUCCGCCACAGGGCAACAGGCGCGUUCGUGACACACUGUGGCUGGAAGUCGGUGCUGGAGGGGAUCACCGCAGGGGUGCCGAUGCUUUGCUGGUCGUUGUACGCGGAGCAGAAGAUGAACAAAGUUGUCAUGGUGGAGGAGGUGGGAAUCGGUGUGGAGAUGGUGGGGUGGCAGCAAGAGCUGGUCAAGGCCGAGGAGGUAGAGGCAAGGUAA